CUUUGCUUUAUUCUCACAUCUUAUAUCUGGCUUGAGCUCCUCACAGCCACCCCCGUGCAAUGCAAUAAUCCUGUGUAAUCUUCUUUUCUUUCUCCCAGAACCCACCAUCAAGAACCAAGAAAGAAAACCCUAGACUACUUGAAGAAUGAAGUCUUGUCUUCCAUUAGAACCAAGCAAAACUCAUCACCAACUUAUCCAUAAUAAUCACAUUGAAACACAGAGUUUCUUGUCCUAUGAUCAUCAUCAUCAUUACCAAGAAAGUGAUGCGAAGAAGAUUACUGAUUUAAAAUGCAUACCCUCAAAGACUCCGACCCUCCCAGUACUCCGUCAGGCAGGAGAUGAUGCAAUGAAGGCGGUUAGAGAAGAACAGUUAUUGCAGGAUGAUUGUGGACGUGAAAGGCUCAAGAGACAUAGGAUUGAGGCUGCAGGUAGUGUUUGGAUCCCUGAUAUUUGGGGUCAUGAGGAGCUUUUGAAGGAUUGGAUUGAUUGUUCUGUGUUCGAAGCUUCUUUAAUGCCUAACAGGAUUAUGUCCGCUCGUGCAGCUUUGGUUGAACAAGGAAGAAGAAGAACUUCCUGCACUCCUGGAAGAUUAAGAAUAGAAAACAGAUGAAUUGAGAUUACUAAAAUCUGUAAUAGAUGGAACGAAUUGUGUCCACUCCACCUGAGCUUGGUUUUGAGAUGUGGACCAUGUGAACCUGAGCUUGAUUAGAUAUUGAACCGGAGCCACAAAAAAGCAGCCUCCACAGCUGCUGCUUCUAUUUCAGGUUUGGUAUGAUGUAAUUGAAUGUAAUAAUAAAAUUAAAUUUCAAUAUUUUUUUAUUGAA